CCAAGAUCAAAGUAAGUGAGUGUAGCUAAUGGCUAUGCGUUCACGUACUGACUCGAUACUACAGAAUGCGCCUAAGCCAGCUGGUCGAACUGACACAGCUUGCAAGAGAAUGAUCGAGCGUCUUGAGAAACAGUUCAAGAAGGAUAUUGCUCGCAUGAAAGAAGCGAAGACUAGCAACGGCCAGACGACGAACAAGCGCAAGAACAAGAACGACAAUGAAGAGGAAAAUGGUAUUAACAAGGGCGCGCCUAAGAAGAAUAAGGCAACUCCCUAUAAGAAUAAGAACAAGAGCAGUGCUGAUAAUGAACUCAUGAUUAAGGAAGAGAUUCCUGAGGAGGAGAUUCCUGAGUAUAUUACUCAAAGUUUGGACAGUGCCUUGAUGGAUGGGGGCUUUUUAGGCAACUUUUUCUCCUGUAGGGGUCUGAUAAGUCCAUUGCGAUAGCCCCAACGAGAGGUGGGUGUUAAUAGUGGGGUGCGUCCACGUAUGCAGAGACAUCUGGCGGUCUUUGUUCUAUUGACAAGUAGCAUGUUUGUUGCUUGUUCUGGCGAUAUGGAGUCGGGACUGCCAGAGGGCGUAGUAGGACAAUUCAAU